CUUUAUUAGGUUUACCGACCUAAAUUAUGUUAGAUAAUUGAAUUUAUUAAAAUAAUAAAAACAUAUACCUACUUUAAAAAACACUGAUUACACAUCACUUUUCCACAAAAAUCCUUCAAAAAUGUUAACAUUAAUUACAAAAUAAAACUUUGUCGACACUUAAAAUUCGGAAGCAAGCAAUUACCGCUCGCUAUUUCACUCUCUCCCAGUACGUAUCUAGUUUGAAGAUUCAUUCAUCCUUUCCUGAUUAAAGGCGAUGGGAGGUGCAAAGGGGACAGUCGGCCGCAAGUGUCUUGAUGGCGCCUGGGCAGCGUAAUGUGGACCUUAUGGGGGGAUGGAUAAGGAGUCGAAAAGGGGCCAGCACAGUUAGGCCGUUAUAGCAGUUUUGGUGGAAUUGUGGGCGGGGUAUCGAUCGGCGCGCGCGGCGUGCGCUCCGGGGCCGCUGGUAAACAGAGCUGGUGUGGUGUCAGGCACUGGAGCCCGCGCCGCGAAGACAUGCUCGCGCUCUCCGCCCUGCUCGCGUGCGCCGCGCUCGCCCUCGCGAGGCCUCCUGGUAAGUCUCACUGAACUGAACACUAUCGACCGACACCACCUUAUCAUCACCACUUCCUGGACGAUGCGAAUUUAUUGUACCGCUCGGCGCGAUGCUAGUGUGCAGCCGCCUCGGCCACCUGUUACUUGCCUGUGGCUGACGAGCGUGACUGGCUGUGUGCUUGUUGUGACUGCUUGUGUGACGUGGCGCCUUAUCAGAUUAUUCGUUUCAUUAAUAUGUAUCGAGUGAGAGCCCGCAUGGACAACGCGGCGCCUCUGCUGGGCCCGUACAUGGAGCCCCCCCGCGCUGAAGCCGUUCGCCAGGCGUUCCGCGAGUACAUCCUGCCGCAAUACGUGGAGGAGCCCCGAGACCCGCCGCCCAGCCAGUACGACUGGCUGACCAGGGAGAUUGAUCGUCUGAACCUGCUCGAGUCUGCCGAAGACUUUGACACUUACGAAUUCAACAAGCAAGACGAGCCCGUAGACUUCUACAACCGGGACCCAUCCGGCCCGGAUUACCCGGCAGACAGCCCGGAUAUCAAGAGAGACUCGGAGAUAGAACCGGAGACUGAUAAAACGGAUAAAACGCAGCAAACCCAGAUAGACAGUAACGAAAUCGAUUCCAAGACUAAAGACUACGAGGGGAAGGAGGUUUUCGCGUUAACCCCGCUCGACGAGGGAUACUUCAAGAGUGUGAAGCCACAGACCGCCCCGCCGGCCACUGGUCUCGCUGAACGCCCCGUCCAAUCCGAAGCUCCGAAAGCCGAGAAGAAGCCGGCUCCAGAAGACGGUCCACCAAUCGCGAUCCACCGCCGAGACAAGGAGGUGGCCAGGGCGCUGGUGCUGCAGCCACAGAGGCAGAUACGCCAGAACCCCAACCUCAGCCCCAAGAGCAAGACCCUGGUCGCUGAGAGUCUUGACAAGCUGCGACUCGGCACGCCUGGUAAGGACUACCGAAUGCCGGUGUCAUUACUGCCAGCCAACCUGCGAUGGUUGAAAAUAUCACAUCCUGAUGAUGAGGAAGCGAGGUCCCACGGAGAGGAGCCAGCCCCAGGGCACAGCCACCCGGGCGAGUCCACUGCGACUGAAUCGGUCGAGUCCAUGUUUGGCGUCACCAUCAUGGCCGCCACCGGCGCGGCUCUUGCCAUCGCUGUCAUCGGCUUCGCUAUCGGCUGGUACACUCUGUCCAAGAAGGCCAAAGCGGCUGCUGACGUAGACUACCCUGCGUAUGGGGUGACCGGCCCCACCAUGGACACCUCCGGAGACCGCAAGCUGGCCCACUCGGCGCACAUGUACCACUACCAGCACCAGAAGCAGCAGAUCAUCGCCAUGGAGAGGAACGGCAUGGAACAGCGCAAGGGCUCUCUCACCGACCCGGAGUCUGAGGAGGAGAACGAGGAGGGAGACUACACCGUAUACGAGUGCCCUGGAUUCGCUACCACUGGUGACAUGGAGGUGAAGAACCCGAUGUUCAACGAGGACCCUACUCCGACUCCUGGCAAGGUGGAGCUGGUCAAGCCCCAGCCCAAGGAGUAGUUCCCAGCGCCUGCCGCCAGCGUCGCCCCACCUCGCUUGCAGGCCAACGGAUCCUUCGCAUUCUUCCUACUAGCUAGCUACAUCAUUGAAGUACUGCUACUUUAUUUUUUUCACUGGUAUCGUAAUCGUAACCGUACGUGAGAUUGGUAUGAAUUAUACUAUGAGCGGUAAGCUCGCUCGCUCGCCAGACAGCGAGAUAAUAAUUGUGUCUUUGUUUCACUUUCUCUCACGACUCACGAUAUGUGUGCGAGGGAGAAGUUAAUUCAACUGCCGCUGCAAACGCAUAAAAUAAUACGUAGCUAAAAUUGUUCACUUUACUCGUAGAUCGGAGUCAUAUUACAUUAAUAUAUAAAAGUAUAAUAUAUAUAGGAAAUAAAUUAGCAGCAUUUUCAAAAUAGAUCCAAAUCUAGCGUUAUAUCGAAUGAACCGACUGAGCCUGGAGGUGGGGCCGCCAGAUGCCAUCGGAUUUAAACAUCGGAUUUAAACAUUUCAUCCCAUUUGUCCGAACAAGUCAUUAGCUUAUAGAGUUAGUAAAUGAGAUUCAUGUUUUCCCCAUAGAUAAAUAUAUCGAGUUGCUUUCUCACAUAGUCUAUCAAGUGUACUUUUAGUUCGAAUCUACAUAGAUAUCUUGAAUGUAAUGCCUAUAUGUAUAGAUGUUAUAUUUACUGUAGUUGUUUCGAAAUAAAAGACGGCCAAAUUGUAUUAUUGAUGUAUUGAUGAAGGUAUAUUGGGAAUGAGGACUUCGUAUUGAUAGAUAGAAUGCAGGACAAGAAAAUUUUAGAAACGGUAAUAUGAUAAGAUUUAGCUUUUUCCGAAAUUACUUAUUAAGUUACAUUAUAUAUGCAGUUAGUUGAAAUUAUCUUGAAGCCUAUUGAUAAAUGAAAACUGCUUUGUUACUAAUUCCGUAAUAUAUAUAUUUACCAAACUUUUAACGACUACAACUAAGCGUUGUUUUAUAUAUUUAUGAAUUGUUUCCAAUUUAAAAUUGAAAGAAUCUAAAUAUAAGAUAUAUAUUUUCUCUGUUACAUAAUGAAAGCGUUCAGAUUUUAUUAUAAUAUAUUAUGUUGGCCUAAUAGUUAUUAUUAUGUAAGAUUUGCUUUACAAAAAAUGAAUGUGUUAAUAAAUAUAUGUAUAUAAACCUAUUUUCAACAAUAGUUUAUUUUUUAAGUAAUAUUUAUUGUAUAUUGAAUAGGAACAUCCCAGGCAUCGCUAUUUAUUAUUAUAAUAUUAAAUUA